UCAUUCUACCCCUCUCUCUUUUAAGUUUUAUCCUCCCACCAUUCUCAUUCAUUCUCAUUCUUUCUCAAAAACACACUCUCUCUCUAACAGAGUCUCUCUUUUGUGAUUGAAUCAUCUUCAUCACUGAAAAUGGCUCUUCUACUAGACAACUGUGAAGGCAUUUUACUCUCAUUAGACUCACACAAAUCAGUCCCAGCUCCGUUCCUCACCAAAACAUACCAACUCGUCGACGAUCCCUCCACAGAUCACAUAGUUUCUUGGGGCGAAGACGACUCCACCUUCGUCGUCUGGCGUCCUCCAGAAUUCGCUAGAGACCUUCUCCCGAAUUACUUCAAACACAACAACUUCUCCAGCUUCGUCCGCCAACUGAACACCUAUGGCUUUCGAAAGAUUGUGCCUGAUAGAUGGGAGUUUGCUAAUGAAUAUUUCAAGAAAGGAGAAAAGCAUUUGCUAUGUGAGAUUCAUAGAAGAAAAACAACUCAGCCGCAACAAACCGGAAUCAUGAACCUUCACCAUCCACACCACCACCACCAGCACAACGUUCCUCCGAGUUUCUUUCCGUUUUCGAGCACUAGAGUAAGCAUUUCUCCACCGAAUGACUACUCCGAUGAACAACUCAACAAUUGGUCAUGUGAUUCUCCGCCAUUAACUUCACCGUCGUUCAUCAAUGGAGGAACAACAACAGCAGCAGCAACAACAACAGCAUCGAUAAACUACAACACUUCUGUUACCGCUUUUUCGGAAGACAAUGAGAGACUAAGAAGAAGCAACAACAUGUUAAUGUCUGAGUUAGCUCACAUGAAGAAGCUUUACAAUGAUAUAAUCUAUUUUGUUCAGAAUCAUGUUAAGCCUGUAGCUCCAAGCAACUCUUACUCUUCUUCUUAUUUACUACCACAACCUUCUUCGAAUGCUAAUCCUAUUAAUGGUGCUGGUAAUGUUUCAAUGAUGCAAAGACCAAUGAACCAGCUUUUGGGGUAUUAUAGUAAUAACAACAACAUCAACAACUCUACCAACCCUAAACACGUGACUCAGUUUCAACAUCAAACUCAAUCUCAUCAUCAUCAACAUCAUCAUCAUGGUGUAAAUGUGAAUGUGAAUGUGAACUCUCCAACAACCACAUCAAGAAGCUCUAUAACAAUGGUGGAAGGGCACAACAGUAAUAACUGCAGCAAGACAAAGCUUUUUGGAGUAUCACUACAGUCCAAGAAAAGAGUGCACCCUGAAUGUGGAUCUAAUAAUCCAACUAACUUGGAAACCAACAAGACUCGUUUGGUUUUGGAUCAGAAAGAUGAUUUUGAUUUUGAUUUGGGAUUGGGUUUGAAUCUCAUGCCUCCAUCCACUUGUUAAUUAGUUAGUUUCAGAGAAAAAAAAAAUCAAUUAAUCUUAAUUAGCUAGCUUCUUUUUUCAUCUUCUUUUAUAUUUACUUGUUUGUUUUCAUUUUAUUUCUAUGGUUGAAAAUUGAAGUUGAUCAAGUUUUGAGUCACGGAGGAGCUAGAUGAUCAUAUUGAUGGAAACAUGUGUUUGUGCGUGCGUGCUUGUGUGAUUCUGUGUACAUAUAACUUAGUGCCAAUAUUAUCAUCUUUUUUCACAA